GCAGCAGUGCUAGUGGGCAGUGGUGUGUGUACUACUAGCCCAAGGUGCAUGUCGUAGUCGGUGCAUGGAAGCAUUGCAAUAAGCAGUAAGGAGCUCAAGUAAUUAGCUCAGGGAGCCCAACCUCGACUAGUGUUGGAAAUAUAGGUACUAAAAUAAACAUAUGAAUUAUGGAACUACGCUAGAGCAAUGUAGAGAGACUUGGUUGGGUUGGGAAAACUUGUAGUGAGUCACCUCCCAAACGCUUCUAGGUUGGGUUGCCAUUUGGUUGGAUCACACAUUUGGAUUGCAUGGUUCUUAUGUACAAGUCAUUCAAUCCCUCUGGCAGAAAGCACGACGCAAUCUCCUCUCCCGUGACCUGUCCUCGAAAAGUGGCCAUCAAAUCUGGACCCUCUAUGUUCUAAUCCGACGUCUCAGAGUCACCCUUGAUUAGCUCAAAUCCGCCGCUCCUUCAACUGACACGUUGACCACUUGGCGGCUAGAAUCUCUCAGCGCCGCUCCACGAUCGCGUGAAUCUCGACAGACGCCUGCCGCCGACCACACAGUCCCUUUCCCCAGCGAUUGACUGCCAGAUUCUUGCCACCGUUCACGCCCAUUCCCGCCGUUCACGCCAUUCUUCGCAUUCGCGGCAUUCUCGGCUCGCCGCCAUGGCUGAGGUUGCAGAUCCUCUACAGCCACAGCUGCUGAACGAGUCGCCGGUGGCUCUGCAUCUCGAGGAAUGGCGUGAAUUCCAGCUGGUCGAGCGCACCAGCAUCACCCACAACGUCGUCAAAUUCCGCUUCUCCCUGCAGUCGCCAGACACAGUCCUGGCCUCCCCAUCGGGCAGCACGUCAUCCUUCAGGGGAGGGACGAGAGCGGGGUGGAGUUCACGAGGAAGUACACCCCAACAACGCUUGACUCCGAUGUCGGCUCCGUCGACAUUGUCAUUAAGAUCUACCCCACGGGCGCCAUGUCGCAGUACGUGAACAAGCUGGAGGUCGGCAACUUCAUUUCCAUGCGAGGGCCCAAGGGGAAAUUCAAGUACCGUCCCAACAUGUGCCGUACGAUGGGCAUGAUCGCAGGAGGCACCGGAGUGACCCCCAUGUUUCAGGUGGCUCGUGCUAUUCUGGAGAACCCAUCUGACCGCACCAAGAUCUCUCUCAUAUUCGCCAAUGUCACGGCCGACGACAUUCUGCUCAAGGACGAGCUAGAGGCACUGCAAAAGUCAGCGCCUGACCGACUCUCCAUCUACUAUGUGCUUAACGAGCCGCCGGAGGGGUGGACGGGGGGAGUGGGCUUCGUGACCCGCGACAUGAUCAAAGCGCACCUCCCUGCUCCUGCUGCUGAUGUCAUGGUGGUGAGGAGCGGUCCCUCUGCAAUGAACAAGGCCAUGGCUGCCACCCUGGAGGAGAUGGGCUAUGCGAGUGACUCGCUUCUUCAAGUUCUAGACCUGCCUCCACUGGUAAAAAAACGUAGGAGCAAGGCCAAGGCCACUGGUGAAAAAGUUUAAUGGUGAGUUGCAACCCCCGAUGAACAAGGCCAUGGCUGCCGCGCUGCAGGAGCUGGGGUACUCCAGCGACUCCCUCUUCCAGUUCCUAGAUCCAGGGCGGUGCAGUGCGGUGUAUCCCCCCUCACAUCUCUUCAGCCCUGCAGGCUGCAGGAGCUGGAGUACCCGAAUGACUCCAUCUUCCACUUUAGACCUGGCUUUGGUAGGUAGAUGGCACAUACCUGGUAGAUGAUUGAGUUCAUUUAGGUGUACACGGAACCGAACGAUAUGUAUGCUCUGUGAGAAACUGAAGUGAUGAUUGAA